GUCUGUCCCCGGCACUCACACCGCGCCGCAUUGAGGAUCGUACCUUACAGAGGAGCAGCACGAAUUACGCGGAACACAGUGCGUAAAAUCCACAGCCAAGGCUUCAGCGUGACUGCGCUUCAGAUCUUCUCAUUCAGACUUCUUUCACUAAAAAGGCCACAGGUGAUCGGAUGCUGAGGUCGACGCGAACUCAACCGUGUCAAACUCUCAAACCUGAGGGUCAUGAAUUACCACGACAUGUGGAUCUAGAUUGGGAUAAUAUGCCUCUGAUGUUCAGCAUCUUAUGCCUCUGAUUUAGAUCUUGCAUCCAUAAAUCUGAGGAUUGCCUUUUUUUUGUCGUUGGGAAUGCGAAACGUACAAAUGGAAAUGAGAUGGAAAACGGUUGGAUUACACCCUUUUUAUUAAAGCAGUUAGCAUGGAGCGUUCAUAAAGUUUCACACACGCGGAAUGGGAUUGCCUAGAUUGAACCAUAAAACGGCGUCUUUUUGACAUGUUUGCAGUUUCACUGUUCAGCUUAAAGCACUGCUAGGACUUCAAUGGCUUUGUGAUUGGAACCCGUCAUUGAGAAACCCAUAACAGAUAUCAAAACGGAGGAGCUAUAGCUGUGUAUCACCGAAUCGGCCUCAUCUUCUCAAGAAAGAUUCCUCUUAAAUGCCCUCUUGAGGACCCGGUGGCCUCGGCGAUGACCGAAAACCUAUUGGAUUUAUAGUUUCGCUGAGCAGCGGCGGACUCUCGUUUACCUUCCUCAAACCCAGAGUCAAGGAGUUUUUCUCAAGCAAUCAGACGGCUGGGUGGAAAGCUUCAUCUUGAACGAGUUUCUGACUUCUGCCCCAUGUAGAGACGAGAGCGUUUUCAAACAUGGCUCCCGGCUGGAGAGGAGGAGCUCGGGUUUUGGCAGUGACUCUGGGAAUCCUGCAGUGCUGCGGAUGGCUGUCCGGUCAGACCGUAAGGACUAGUGUUGGGAUGAUGGGAAGACGUCCCGAGCAAUGGCCCAUGUCCCACGAACGGGUGAAGAGGGGAUGGGUGUGGAAUCAGUUCUUCGUGGUGGAGGAAUACACCGGGACCGAGCCGCUUUACGUCGGAAAGAUCCAUUCGGACUCGGAUGAAGGCGACGGCUCUAUAAAGUACACGAUCUCUGGAGAGGGAGCGGGCACCAUCUUCAUCAUAGACGAGGUCACGGGAGACAUCCACGCCACCGAGCGUCUGGACCGAGAGGAGAAGACCUUCUACACCCUCCGAGCUCAGGCCCGAGACCGACAGAGCGACGCGCCGCUCGAGCCCGAGUCUGAGUUCGUCAUCAAAGUCCAGGACAUCAACGACAGCGAGCCCAAGUUUCUGGAAGGUCCUUACAUCGGGAGCGUGGCCGAGCUCUCUCCCAUCGGUACGUCGGUGAUGAAGGUUAUGGCUUCGGACGCUGACGAUCCCACCUACGGAAGCAGCGCUCGGAUAGUUUACAGCGUCCUGGAGGGAGAGCGCUUCUUUACUGUUGACCGGCAAACCGGAGUGAUCCGGACGGCUGUGGCGGAUCUGGAUCGUGAGACUCAGGACCGCUAUGAGCUGGUUGUCAAGGCAACAGAUAUGGCAGGCCAAAUGGGCGGCCUCUCCGGUUCCACUACAGUGACCAUAGUGAUCACGGACGUUAACGACAACCCUCCACGCUUCCCUCAGAAGAUGUAUCAGUUCUCGGUCUCGGAGGGGGCGGGCGUCGGGACGUCGAUCGGCCGGGUGAUCGCGACGGAUGCAGACAUGGGCGAGAAUACGGACAUGAGUUACCUGAUCAAAGACGAGGAGGGCGGAGAGCUGUUCAGAGUCUCCACCGAUGGAGACACACAAGAGGCCGUCAUCGCCAUCAAAAAGCCUCUAGACUUUGAGAGCAAGCGCACUCAUAACGUGGUGGUGGAGGCGGUGAACAAACACGUGGACCCUCGCUUCGUGGAUCUGGGCUCUUUCCGGGAUCAAACUAUCGUGCGGGUCAGCGUGUCGGAUGUGGACGAGCCUCCCAUCUUCAUCCCCGCCACCGGCACCAUCAUGGAGGUUCAGGAGGACGCUCGCUUGGGCGCGCUGGUCGGGAUCGUGACGGCCAAAGACCCGGACAUGGAUAACGUCCCCGUCAGGUUCUCUAUAGACCGGAGCACAGACCUGGAGCAGAUCUUUAACAUCGAUCCCGUAACAGGCGCCAUCACUCUGGGAAAGAUCCUGGACCGGGAAACUGCCGGCUGGCACAACAUCACAGUUACCGCGGUGGAAGCAGAUAACCAGUCCAUGGCGUCUCAGACGGCGGUCAGCAUCCGAAUCCUGGACGUGAACGACAACCCUCCUGAACUCGCCACUCCGUACGAGGCAUCCAUCUGCGAGGACGCCAAACCCGGCCAGCUCAUUCACACCAUCAGCGUGGUGGACAGAGAUGAGCCGCAGUCCGGACAUCGAUUCUAUUUCACGCUGGCACCCGAGGCCUCCAACAACCGCCAUUUUACGCUAUGGGACAUCAAGGACAACACCGCUGGCAUCAGGACGCAGCGCUCGGGAUUCAACCGUCAGGAGCAGAACGUGUAUCUUCUGCCCAUCCUGGUGGUGGACAGCGGCCCCCCGGCCCUCAGCAGCACGGGGACCCUCACCAUCCACGUGUGCGGCUGCGACACGGACGGGGCCAUUCAGUCGUGCAACGCCACGGCCUACGUCAUGUCAGCCGCGCUCAGCCCCGGCGCGCUCAUCGCCCUGCUGGUCUGCGUCCUCAUCCUCAUCGUCCUGGUGCUGCUGAUCCUGACCCUCAAGCGCCACAGGAAGGGCCAGCGCAUGUCGGAGGACGAGGAGGACAUGCGCGACAACGUCAUCAAAUACAACGACGAGGGCGGCGGCGAGCAGGACACCCAGGCGUACGACAUGAGCGCCCUGCGCAGCCUCUACGACUUCCCCGAGGUCAAAAGCUCCGACUCGGGCCCCGAGCUGCGCCCGGUCCCGCAGUGGAUCCAGAACAGAGUGGUCGGAGACGGGGGCCCGGCCGAUUUCACCGUUUUCAAAGGCUACAUACGAAAGAAAGUGGAGCAGGCGGACGCGGAUUUAUCGGUGCCGCCGUACGACUCGUUCCAGACUUACGCUUUCGAGGGCAGCAGCUCGCCCGCUCUCUCGCUAAGCUCUAUUCGUACGCUGUCCACCACCUCGGAGCAGGACUUCUCGUACCUCAGCGACUGGGGGCCGCGCUUCAGGCAGCUGGCCGGAUAUUACGCCCCGGCCCAAGCCGAGGAAGAAGGCUCCUAGCACCAUCCUCCGACCAACAUCGCGUUCCCGGAGUCGUUUUCUUUUUUUUUUCCUCCCUGCAGUUCCGCAUCGACGUUUUUCGGAUCCCAGUCAGUCCGGAGGGUUUUAAUGUCACCCGUUGCUCUUUGUAAAGCGACUUCUCCUCUUGUAGAAAAGUUCAGAUAUCGAAGGAGAAAAGCGCCGGGCCCCCGGUGCUGGGCAAACCUCCAACAUCAUCUCACCUGUCAGCGAGAGCAAGAGGAAGCAUAUGCACCACGAAAAACGUUUUUUUUGUGAUUUCUUUGCCCAUCUGUGGAGACAAACGACUUUUCGAGUCAAUCGGACGGAUACGGCGAAAAGACUUUUUAAGUACCACUUUAAAAAAAACCAAAAGAAGAAGAAAAAAAACAAUUUAAAUAUGUAUUUAUUUAAAGAAAAACGAACAAAAAAGGAAAACAAUAUUUAUGUAUUUAUUGCUUUCUAUUUAUUUAUUUAUUCAUCCCUGGCAAUGGACUGAAAUACGCUAUGGGACGGUUUUCUGAGGAAUUUGUCAGGGUGACGGACGAGGACUGAGGACUGAAUAACAAAAAAACAGACAAACAAAAAAAAUCGGGGUGGGAUCGCUGGGAGGAGUUUGCAAACUAUCAGUGACGGUGAAAUAUUUGUAUUUAUUUUUUAGAAACUUUUUGUAAAAUACGACGCGAUUCUGCUGGAGAAAAGUAACGGCUGUUGAGGUGAAUCUCGCAGAAACCCUUCCAGGUCACGCGUCACCCCCGAUUCAAGAGGAUAAAAUAAGAAAUGAUAUUUUGCACGAAGAAGAUGAAGUCUGUUUUGAUCGUGUUUAUGACAAUCGAGUAUUUUUUGCCCAAAGUUACUGUAAUGCUGCUUUUUGUAUUGAUUGUUCCGGACUCUAUAAUAGUUGAAUAUUGGUCAAUUGCUGUCGUUUGUAUUACAUUAAUGAGAAUUUGGGGGAAAAGUGCUUAAUUAUCAUAAAAAUACUGCAACAGUAGGCUUCAUUUACUUUGUGCAAAAUAUAUUUGCUUUGUUCUUCGGGUUUUGGAGUGAAAUGUGAUUCUUCGACAGGUUUAGUGAGCGUUGGUUUCGUCUUGUCAUACAUUUUGUGCGUUGUGUUGCUUUUCAACUAAUUAUCCAGAUCACUUGUUGUGGAUGUUGUGCUCGGCAUUAAAUGGGUUUUCAAGGGAAGUUCGGAAAGACAAGACAACAUGGCACAAUGCACAACAAGAAACAAACGAGACCAUCCGACAGGUUUUUAUCCAUUGUUUUUUAGAUAUCCCUGAUAUACAUGUUCAUUGAUGAUUUGUGCGUGUGCCGAGAUGUUUCCGGGUUGCUUUCCUUUAAGUGAUUUGAUUGGUUUGGAUCAUUCUGUGUUGGGCUGAAGAUGAUGAACCUGAGACGGGGUGCAGAGGUCAUGUUCGUCCCUGAACCAGCGCCCUUAAAUGUCCACCCAAAAUGCAGAUGUAUGGCUAAAAAUACAAUUGAAUUCAUCAAUAAAUAUUUACGAUUUUUCAAGAA